AUGGGCAACUACACAUCAAUAACAUCUAUUCAAAACAAUACACAAGCUAAUGCCAAACACGUAUCAAAUUUUUCUAACGAUGCAGUUGCAAAUCGACGUAUUAACAUGCAAAGAAUGCAAAAUGUGCUCUUGGUUUGGUUAGAUACCAACAUUAAUGAAAACAAUGCUGAUUGUAGUGAUACAAUCAAACAAUUAAAACGUGUGGUUAACAACGUAAACACGUUUACUGAUCGUGAAGAGUGUUUUGAAUUUAUUCUAACCAUUAACAACAACAAAGUAUGUAUGAUUGUUUCUGGUUCACUUGGGCAAUUUAUUGUGCCUCAUGUGCAUGAUAUCUCCCGAGUAGACACCAUUUUCAUUUUUUGUAAAAAUCCAGAAUGGCAUAAACAAUGGGCUAAAGAAUGGUCUAAAAUAAAAGGAGUCUUCACAGAUAUAUCAUCACUCUGCGAAGCUCUGAGACAAAUUGCUCACCAAUGUGAGCAAAAUGCUAUCUCAAUCAGCUUUGUGGCAUCAAACAAAAAGUUGGAUCAAUUAGAUCCAUCAUUUAUGUAUACUCAGAUCUUGAAAGAGAUCUUCUUAACUAUAGAUUUCGAAGAUAAGCACAUUAAAGAAUUUAUUACUUAUUGUCGUGAUGUAUAUGACAAUGAUGAACACGAAUUAAGAAAUAUUAAUCAAUUACAAGUAACAUACAAAAACAAUAUACCCAUAUGGUGGUAUACAUGGGAUGCAUUUUUAUAUCGUAUGCUCAAUCAAGCAUUAAGAUUAAUGGAUAUUGAUAAUAUUGUCCGAAUGGGUUUCUUUAUUAAUGAUCUACAUCGUGAUAUUCAACGACUACAUUCGGAACAAUUUGAUGAUCAUCAAUCAAGUAAAACAUUCAUAGUUUACCGUGGGCAAGGUCUUUCGAAAGAAGAUUUCACCGCAAUGACAAAAACUAAAGGUGGACUUCUUUCAUUUAAUAACUUUUUAUCCACUAGUAGAAAUCGUGAUGUUUCUCUCAAUUUUGCCCAACAAGUUGCUACAAAUCCUGAUCUUGUUGGAAUUCUAUUUAUUAUGUCAAUUAAUUCCGUGUGCUCAACAACUCCAUUUGCUUCUGUUACAGAUGUUAGUUAUUUUCAUACAGAAGAUGAAGUUCUCUUCUCUAUGCAUACCAUUUUCCGUAUCGGAGAUAUUGAACAAAUGGAUGGAAAUAACCAUCUCUAUCAAGUAAAUUUAACAUUGACCAAUGACAAUGAUCAAGACCUUCGAACUCUUAGCGAUCAGAUCCGGCAAGAGACCUUUCCAGAUGAAGAAGGAUGGUACAGAUUGGGAUUAUUGAUGAUUAAAAUGGGUCAAUUUACGAAAGCUCAUGAAAUUUAUAAAGUUUUACUUCAUCAAACAACAAAUGAGAGUGACAAGGCAAAUAUUUAUCAUCAGCUAGGCCGAAUCAAACAAAAUCAAGGAGAAUUUCAAGAAGCACUUUUCUAUUAUGAAAAAGCUCGUACAAUUCGACAGCAAUCACUUCUUUCCAAUCAUCCUGAUUUGGCCAUGUCCUAUAACAACAUCGGUUUGGUGCAUCACAUCAUGGGUGAUUAUCCGAAAGCACUGUCAUCUCACGAAAACGCUCUUGCAAUUCGACAAUCACUUCCUUACAAUCAAACUACAAUCACUUCCUUCCAAUCAUCCUGA